AUGAGCGACGUGUUAACUGCAGAGAUAGUGCAGCUUAUCGCAGCCGCUCGAGCUAUUAUCGGCACAAAUCAGGUUCCUGAAGAAGCACUGCCGAUCGAUGAAGCACAGCUGAGCGACGUUAAUAUCGAGAUCAUCGUUGCUCAUUCUUCAUGUGGUAAGAAUUGUUCGCGAGCGAUUCCCGUGGAGCUGUGGACGAUUCGCAGAGAAUGGGAUUCACAACAAACGGGUCUUGCUCCUUUGUUUCUGAAAAAUGCCAUAAGAUCUCAUCUACAUUUUUCCCAGUUGAACUCUUGGGUUUCUACUUUAAACGGUCGUAUGCCUGACGGUGUAUGCUGCACAUACAGAAUUUGUUCCCAUGAGUGUGAAUUGGGAAGUGUCGAUGUCGUGACCGAACAUACUUUCCCCGUGUGUCGAAUAAAUCGUCAAAGCAUUUUAGUCGUCUCGGUGAAGUACAUUAAAGGAGAAAAAAUGCCACUCCCUGUCGGACUUUGCCUUACACUAGGUGGGCUAGUAAGCGAUCAGUGGCUUGUGCCUAGCCCUGUAGGAUCACCAGCUGAUGACAGUCCGCUGACACAUUCUACCGAAGAUAUCGCCAUUUCGAGCCUAAAGCACAAACCGUUGUCCGGUGCAACACCUCCAAGUCCUGACGGCCCUUCUCCCAAGUUCGCGGCCGUGGCUGGUCCUCAUGAUGAACGCCCUGCUCGCCGGGUACUGUCAGCGUGUUCGUUGUCGAGUCAUCAGGAAGAUGUGCGAAACUCGAAAGAGAUCGACAUCCUAGUGAGCCGCUUACAGACGAUACAAGGAGAACGUGGUCGUCAGCGAACGAAAAGUGGGGGGUCCGUAUUCAACAAAGUUACUGGGUUACCCCUUCAUUCGAGCCCAGCUCCUUUGUUCCGGCAAAGAAACAGUUUAUCAGCUUCUGACAUUGUUCUACCUGAUUCUCGCAUAAAUCGUCACCAACCGGGCAGCCUGUUAGGAAACUUUGAGGAAAGUGCCUUGAAUGGUCGACUUGAUCCAGUGAAAAGAUUGGAGGGCUUCAAACUACAAUUAGCCGCAUCCGGUGCCUUCUCUUCUCCGCAUACCUCACUGCCUGUGACUGCAUACUUUUUCGAUCUUAACGAUAGCGAAACAGCUCCAUCACCUUACCUGGGUACUUGCUCAUUAGAGUCGCUGGGGAAACGUGGUUACCGUGUACCCAAACAGGGAAUUAUUCAAGCGACUCUUUUCAAUCCGCAAGACACUGUUGUGAAAGUGUUCGUAGUUGCAUACGAUAUGACAGACAUGCCGCCGUCAUCACAGACAUUCAUACGGCAAAGAACAUUUCUCAGCAAUGACGAUGAGAUGACGAAAGUGGACAAGCAUCUCGUCAAUCUUAUCCACUUCCGAUUGGCCACCGAUCGCCGGUGUCGUCUGUAUUUGCACACCGACAUUCGGAUGCUUUUUUCACAGGACAACACAUUGGAUGCGUUGAAUCUGGAGUUGAAGGGUCGUGUCGGUCACGACUCUGCUCGCUAUCGUCUCCUUGCAGAAACUGAGUUGCCACGCCACCCACGAUAUUCGCCUAAAAAAUAG